CAUAAAUUUAUUUUUUUCAAAAAAAUAAAAAUUGAGAUCGUUCUUUCUUCUCCAUUCCUGCAAUUCCGCCAAGCUUUGGACUUAAUCUCCAUGGCUUCUUUCACACCAAGCCCUCAUAAGACCUCAGAGCACAAUAAACCGAAGAAAACGACGACAACACCGCCUUCUUUCGAUCCAAAUCAAUGGACGACACAAAAACAGCAACAGAUCUACACCUUCAAGCUAAUCCGAGCUCUCCGUCACUCUCCUCCGUCCUCCUCCUCCGUAUCCGCCAAACAAGUCCGCGAAACGGCGGACAGAGUACUGGCCGUCGCCGCAAAGGGAACAAUGCGUUGGAGCAGAUCCAUUCUAAGUGCCGGCGCCAAGAUUAUAAAGAAAUAUAAGAAAGCGAAGGUCGUCGCCGGAUACAGUAGGUCGAGGAGAUCGGAGAUUACCAAAGAGAAGAGGAAAUUGACGGUCGUUGAAAGGAAGCUGAAGGUUUUGAGACAGCUUGUCCCCGGUUGCCGUAAGCUAGCUUACUCGAUCAUUCUAGAUGAAACUAGCGAUUACAUAGCGGCUUUAGAGAUGCAAGUUCGCGCCAUGACGGCUAUUGCCGAGUUCCUCGGUGGUGGUGGCAGCGUUCGAACGCAGCCGCCGGCGCUGGCUGAUAGACUUUGUGCUCAUGUCGACCUGUAAAAAUUUUUUGGAA